GCUGUCAAGAGGCAUAACCUGACUAAAAUGUGGUUCACGAAGAUCAUUGAUGAAAGGGAGAAAAAUUUGGAUGACAGAGCAUACCGUAACAUCCAGGAGCUUGAGACGUAUUCUGAGAACACUCAGAGUGCUCUCUUGUACCUCAUCUUGGAAAUGCUGGGUGUGAGGGACAUCCAUGCCGACCAUGCCGCCAGUCACAUCGGGAAGGCGCAAGGCAUAGUUACCUGUUUACGAGCAACUCCCUUUCAUAGUUCGAGACAAAAGGUCUUUCUUCCCAUGGACAUUUGUAUGUUGCAUGGAGUUUCACAAGAGGAUUUCAUAAGAGGCAAGCAAGAGAAAAAUGUGAGAGAUGUAAUUUAUGACAUUGCCAGCCAGGCCCAUAUUCAUCUAGAACAUGCUAGAUCUUUCAGUAAGAAAGUUCCUGCGAAGGCAUACCCUGCUUUUUUCUGUACGGUUGCUUUAGAUGAUUAUUUAUGUAAUAUGCAAAAAGUGGACUUCAAUAUAUUUCAUCCGAGCUUACAGAAGAAGAGUACAUUAUUACCAUUGCAUUUGUAUAUUAGAUCUUGGAAAAAAACAUAUUAAAUUUUUCUAAUAUG